AUGCCGCAAAACGCGUCACCGCCAGGCAGGACUGGUGCUGGGGAUAUUUCGGAAAGAGAAUUAUCUAGGGAGCGCUACACGUUGACUUCAACACCCCCCGCUGGAUGCACUGAUCGCAGGCGCGUACAACCAGCUCACCCGAAGAAACAGCUGUACUCUGUCCCCGUUAACAAGUUCACAGCGCGGACCCACGCACCCAGUCCCAACCUGGAGCGCAUUAGGAGCUGUCUGGAGGAGUACCGAAGCCGAGGUCCGCUGCAGCCAACGAGGGUUACACACAAAGCCGCUUCUAUGGAGGACUUGACUCCAACCAAGAGGAUUUUAAAGGGGAGGAAGGACGGAACGCUGUCAACGGUGAGGUCCCCAGGACUUCGCAGUGCUGCAGAGCAGCGUGCUGCGGAGAGGGUGGGCAGGUUCAUGCUGCUGGCCGCCUGGCGCCGUCGCCGCCGCGACCUGCAUUGCCUGCGCACCACGCUUGAGCUGCAGGUGAGCAGCUCUGAGCGGCUUCGCGUGCAAGUUUGGGCGCUGAAAUCCCUGCUGGACUCAGACAACAGCAAGGUGCGCCUCGCCAUGAAGGAACUCGAGCGCCUUAAGCAGCUGCUCAAGGACAAGGAAAAGGAGAAGACGGUGCUCGAAAAGGAGAAACGAGCUCUCGAGGUCGAUGUCUGCGCAGCCGAAGACCGUGCUUCCGAGAUGAGCAUUGGCUGGCACAACUGUCGUAAUGAGCUGGAUGCUGUGAAAGCAUCUGCGAGUGCACUUGAGCGAGCGCUGUCUCUCCAGCGAGCUGCCGCUGCCGAUCUGCUCGCACAGCGCGACUGCGCUCAGCACAGGGUGGGUGAAAUGGAGGCAGAGUUAUCGCGACGACAAUCCCUGUUGUCGUCAGCGGAGGCUGAAGUGUGCAAGUUGCGGCGCGAGGCCGAGAGCAAGCAGAGGGCGCUCGACUGGACCACGCGGAGGCUGAAGAUGGAACACGAUGCGGGUGUGAAGUGCGAGGGCGCGAAGCGUCGGCUAGCGGUGCGCCUGGCGCGCGCGCGGCGCGAGCUGGUGCACCGCACGCAGCACGCCGAGCAGCUCACCGCACAGCUCACCGAACAGCUUGCCGCGCACCGCACCUACUUCUGGUGCCCCGCACCACUGCUCAGGAUAUUGGAUGCGGCGAAAAACUUACUCCGUUAUCCGACUUCCCUGCACGAGGCUAUCAUCUGGUCGCUCAUACCGGCACGACACGGCUGUUAA